AGCAGAGGAAGGAGAGAGAGGAGCGAACAGCACAGUGACGCGGCGGAGGUGUAGUUUGACGCGGUGUGUUACGUGGUGGGGAAGAGAAUAAAAAAAGCCCAGCGAGAUCCCAGCCGCGAACGAAAGCAGUGACGGAGGAGAGGCAGUGUAACCCGAUUUUAACCUAACUGGUUGCUUUUCAUCAUACUACUACCCAAAGUUGCUUUUCACUUGGAUGAGUACGGACCCUUUAAAGGCUACAGUCUUCUAGCCCAACGUUUCCUGAACCUGGUCAGGCGAUGAUCUUCUAAAGUAAUCUUAAUGAAUGCCAGCCUAUUAACAGAAGCAUUUAUACGGUAACUAAAUGACCAUGGAAUCUGGAGCAGAGACACAGCAGGGUGGAGAUGCGGCUGUGACAGAGGCGGAAGCCCAACAAAUGACUAUUCAAACCCAGCCACAGAUUGCAACAUUAGCACAGGUUUCCAUGGCUGCUGCACACGCAACGUCAUCUGCCCCAACUGUUACACUAGUCCAGCUUCCGAAUGGACAGACAGUACAGGUACACGGGGUUAUUCAAGCUGCCCAGCCAUCAGUCAUCCAGUCUCCACAGGUGCAGACAGUGCAAAUUUCCACAAUUGCAGAAAGCGAAGAUUCUCAAGAAUCAGUAGACAGUGUAACAGACUCUCAGAAGCGCAGAGAAAUCUUGUCAAGACGGCCAUCAUACAGAAAAAUCUUAAAUGAUCUGUCUUCAGAUGCCCCUGGUGUACCAAGAAUUGAAGAAGAAAAGUCUGAGGAGGAGACAUCUGCUCCAGCCAUUACAACAGUAACUGUACCAACACCUAUCUACCAAACCAGCAGUGGCCAGUAUAUUGCCAUUACUCAGGGAGGAGCGAUACAGCUAGCUAACAAUGGUACAGAUGGAGUCCAAGGGCUUCAGACAUUAACUAUGGCGAACACAGCUGCAUCUCAGCCUACCAUCUUACAGUAUGCACAGACGACAGAUGGACAGCAGAUACUUGUCCCAAGUAACCAAGUUGUUGUGCAAGCUGCCUCAGGAGAUGUACAGACUUACCAGAUUCGCACAGCUCCCACAAGCACGAUUGCACCAGGAGUGGUCAUGGCAUCAUCUCCAGCAAUCCCUGCCCAGCCUGCGGAAGAAGCUGCACGGAAGAGAGAAGUGAGACUUAUGAAGAACAGGGAAGCUGCUCGGGAAUGUCGCCGGAAAAAGAAAGAAUAUGUCAAAUGCUUAGAGAACAGAGUAGCAGUCCUUGAAAAUCAAAACAAGACAUUGAUUGAAGAACUAAAAGCACUUAAGGACCUCUAUUGCCACAAAUCUGACUAAGAUGGGCAGGUUAAUUUAGGUUUAUGAACCCCUAAUGAUGAGACUGGUUGCCCAUAACCUGAUGAACUGUAUUUUUUUAUUUCAUUUUCUAUAUUCCCCUUUUGCGCAAAACUGCCUGACCGCCACAACAGGAUUUCAUUCAUCUAUGCUUUUUGCAUUAAACUGUGAAUGCUUCUAACUCCUGCCUCCAAAACCAAGUGAAUUUAACAUCUGUCAAGAUCAAGAAGAAAAAAGACUUAUUUUAUUAUUAUUUUUUUUUUAUCAGAUUUUGUUUAUUUGCAAUUCUGCUUUGCCCUUCCUACUUUUUGCUCCACAUUGUUAGUACAGGGAAGGUUUGUGUAUAGAUAUAUAUAUAUAAUGCAUUGAGGCAUCUAUCACUCAUGAGGCUCUUAGUACAAUUAUAUACUGUAUUAUUGGAGCUAAUUACAGACACUGCCUUGCUUUGCCCAUCUACUUUACUCCACUAUGCCUGGCCCAAGCAUAGAUGAGAAGAUUGAUCAGUUCAUUGAGCUGUCCAGCUGACCAUACAACACAUGGAAGAUAACCAUUUUAAUGCCCUAUGGAGUAGAUGCAUUGUGUUUUGGGGAUGAUUGGACUGGGUUUUGCUCGGCAGCUGCACCAAUCAUUUGACAAGUUAGCGCAUUCUACUCUUUCUACAUUAAGCAGCUGUGCAAAACUUUAUUGAAAGGUCUUUUCUAAGCACAGCACACUGAGGUACAUUUACUAAGUUUUAAAGGACGAAGGUUGAAGGAGGACCUUAAAGAAGCACUCCUUAGUUCAAAAGGAAAUACAGGAAUGAUUGUUACGAAUUUCAACACUUGUGCAUUCUGUUAAGGAAAGCAGAAUGUCUAAUUAUUCACUGAACGGUGACACUCUGGGCAAUUUUAAAACUGCAAUCAUUUCUUUAUGUACUGUACCUUGUUAAACUCAAAUCCCUAUCACCAGCAACCUGUUGUGGGAUGUUUGACUCCACAUUUAUAUUUAUAAAUUGGAUUUUUCUUUUUUUUUCUUUUUUUUUUUUUUUUUUUUUUGCUCCUUCCCUGUGCCCAUGUUUGAAAAGAUAUAAAAAAAAAAAUUGUACUAAACGGGCACAUCCCUAUUGGUUUACUGUUAGCCUCUGCUCACUGCAACAUUUGAAAUCCGAAGCUUACUUUGUGUUUUGGGAUUUGUUGUUCUUGUAAAAUAUUUUAUGUUGAGUAGAGUUAUCAUGUACUAUUUGAAAUACAUUUUGUAUUUUAAAACUUAUGAUGUAUUGUUUGCAUCAAAACAUUUUUUUACUUUGUGUGUGCAGAAUUCCUUUGUGCUUAUGUGCUAUUGUAUAUACCCUAUAUUUUAACUUUUUACACACAUAUAUUACUAUAUAAAUUGAAUUUCUGAAAUUCAAACAGUUUGUAAUCUUAGAAUAUGUUUCUGAGGUGGUCAGGGCUAAAAGUUUCAUGUUACAGUAUUAAAAUUUACAAGACAAUUUAUAGAAACUAGCAAGGGCUGGUUCAAAACAGAUUUGGUUUAGGAACAGUUUUACAGAUAUUAAUUAUACUUCAUUAAACAGCUAAAGGUUUCGAGUGUCAAAAUGGAAUUACAAAACCUGGAAAGACAUAUACAUCUGCUUAAGGCUGCCUGCACUGGGUGUGGCUCUGCAAGAAUUUCUGUGUUUCCGUGCUACAUCCACAUCAAAAUCUGCAUGUGAUUUAACCUCAGCCUUUCAUUUAAAAGGGUCGAAGCCACACCAAAAAUCGCAAACAGUUGACACGCUGUGGAGUCAGAAUCCACGUGGGAGGACAAUUUCUGCUUCGAAAAAAAAAAAAAAAAGAAGCAAAUUGCAUAUGAGAUUUAUCUAAUCUCCUACAGUUUGCUGGUGCUGUAUUACAGGGCGGUUUUUCUGCACAGAAAAAAGUGCAUAAUCCACACCAUGUGCAGGUUGCCUUAAAAGGAGGCUGUCACCUAAUUUUCACCAAUAUAACUAACACUGCCCCAUAGAAGAUUGCAAACGCUUUCCAAGCAUACCUGUGUGUACUAUGUGUCUGUAUUCCAUGUCCAGGAAAUGCACUUUUAUUCUGCUGGAAUACAGCUCCAAGUGCCCAGCUAAAAGUGAAAGUAAAAACCGCUUUCACUCCUGACUCGAUUUCUAACGGCUAUAUCUUCUGAUAUAGUGGAUAUAAUGCUGUGGUUCUGGUAUAGUUUGAAAGGUUCUCCCCUCUUCAGUCUGGUUUGCUUUGGGCACAUAGGAGCUGUUUUCCAGCAGAAUUAAAGUGCUUUUUCUGGCCGUGGACUACAGACACAGUGCACACAGGUAUGCUUGGAAUGUGUCUGUAAUCUUCUGUGGUACAAUGCUCUUAAAAAAAUUGGUGAAAAAAGGUGACAGACUCCCUUUAAGGAGAGGUCUGUUAGCGGUUUUCACACUAUUGAACCGCUAAAAUCAUUGUAUAGCUCCUGAGGACUCGAGCAUAUUGAUGCAUAUGUUGCUGAUGAUACAUCAAGGAUGACAGGUCAGAAAGUUUUAAUAAUUCACAUGCCAUAUGCAAAUGACUGGCUUUGUCUCAUAGGUGAUUCUCUAAGGACCUUCCUUUCUGCAGUUUAUUGAUUUCACCAGUGUCAUAGGAUGUCUUCUCCAACUCUUGCCCAUAUGCAGUGCCUUUUCCUUCUGUGCACAUAGACAUUUAUGUAAUGUUCAUCACCGCUCAAAUUUUGUAGGGAAAGGCGUUAUACAAUAGCCAAGUCCCCACUGUACGUGUGAGAUACUGAGAGAUAUCUGUAAUCUGCAGAGGAUCGUUUACAGCAAAGAAGCCUGGAACACAUUGCCACUGGUUUGAAUACUACACGUGAGUUAUUAAAACUUUCUUCUCUCUUGAUCGCCAACAGUUACCCUUGAUUUCUCAGGAACUAUUCUAGUUAUCAGUUCAGUGGGAUGAAAAUGGCUGAAAUAUUCCCAUUACGUAGCUCCAGAUAACAUCAAAAGGAACCUGUCACUGUCUUUGAGCCCACUAAACCAUUAACAUGCCAUCAUGCAGCUUUCUAAUGAUGCCCUCAGAAAACCAGCUGUUUUGGGGUAAGCUAGUCCUGAAUUCAUCUCCUGCAGUAUCAGCACAUGUGUAUUGAAGCUGAGGACUGCACAACUCAUAUACUAUUGAAGAAAAAAUGUACUGUCCUUGGUGGUUUUGUGGCCCCCAAAGCUAGUGUGACAUUUCAUGUAGUAAUGGUAUCCAUAUUUCCUCUGUGGACAGUAAGAGAAUACAGUAGUAAACUGGAUCACCUUGGGAUAUUCAGUGAUAGAUUUAUUUGUUGCAGCACUAAAUUACAUCAUGAAAAUAACCUGACAUAUGCCGGUAGCCAUAUAUCCCUUAUUCUUGUGAUCGACUUGCUCAUGUCCUUUGUGUGUGCCAUUAAUAAAAAUGA